GAGUUGCCUUUCAGUGUCACCCAUCAGUGCCAGUCAGUGCCACCUAUCAAUGCCAAUCAGUGCCACCUAUCAGUGCCAGUCAGUGCCACCCACCUAUCAGUGCCAGUCAGUGCCGCCUAUCAGUGCGCAUCAGUGCCGCCUAUCAGUGCCCAUCAUUGCCACCUAACAGUGCCAGUCAUCAGUGCCGCCUAUCAGUGCCGCCUAUCAGUGCCAUGUAUCAGUGCUGCCUUUCAGUGCCCAUCAGUGAUGCCUGUCAUUUCCCAUUAGUG